AUGGCUCGCACUAAACAAACAGCUCGCAAGUCCACUGGUGGCAAGGCUCCCCGUAAGCAACUUGCUUCCAAGUCGGCUGCUCGCAAGACCGCCACAAACGCGGCAGGUGGUGUCAAGAAGCCCCAUCGUUUCAGGCCCGGAACCGUCGCUCUCCGUGAAAUCAGACGUUACCAAAAGUCUACCGAGCUCCUCAUCCGCAAACUUCCCUUCCAACGACUUGUUCGUGAAAUAGCCCAAGAUUUCAAGACUGAUCUUCGCUUCCAAUCCUCAGCCGUUAUGGCUCUUCAGGAGGCUGCCGAGGCUUACCUCGUCUCUCUCUUCGAAGAUACUAACUUGGCUGCUAUCCACGCUAAACGUGUUACCAUUCAACCAAAAGAUUUGGCUCUUGCCAGGAGACUGCGUGGAGAGCGCUCAUAA